AUGUGGCCGUCAUCGUCCAUCCAGGACCUAGAAAGACCUACGAUUACCAUUGCCGCACAGCAAAAGGUCCAUUUCAUUCACGCUGACAAACAUCUGCAGAUCAUUUUCUACGAGGACAGGAAUUUCCAGGGUCGGCAUCAUGAGUGCAUGAGCGACUGCGCCGACCUGCACCCCUACUUCAACCGCUGCAACUCCAUCAGGGUGGAGAGCGGCUGCUUCGUGGUUUAUGAGAGGCCUCACUAUCUGGGCCACCAGUAUUUCCUGCGUCGCGGGGAGUAUUCCGACAACCAGCGCAUGAUCGGCAUCAACGACUGCAUUCGUUCCUGCCGCAUGAUUCCCACGCACCGCGGUUCCUUUAAAAUCAGACUUUACGACCGUCCAGACAUGAGUGGACAAAUGCAGGAGAUCAGCGACGACUGCCCCAACGUGCAAGACCGCCUCCGUAUGUCCGACAUAAACUCAUGCAACGUGCUGGAUGGCCACUGGCUGCUGUACGACCAGCCCAACUACAGGGGCAGGACCUACUACCUGAGACCCGGCGAGUACCGCAGGUACAGCGACUGGGGCGGCGCCGGCCCACGGAUUGGCUCGCUUAGGCGGAUCAACGACUUUAACUAGAAGUCUUGUGAACUCUGUUCUUCUGACUGUUUUCAAUAAACACGCCUGACUGAAAUCCCAUUUCUUUUCUUGGUGUAUGGUAAAGGCCCAUGCACAUAUUCAUGCACUCACACAUUCAUCCACUGCUGAACAUUGGCGCCAACCUAUAAACCAGGAGCAAUGUGGGGUUCAGGGUCUUCUGAGGACACUUCAACACAUGGAUCGAUGGUACCCAAACCUCCGAUCAGAGGUCAACCGCUCUACCUCUGCAUCAUGGCUGCCCCAUGGUGAGGUGGUUUUAUGUUGUGGGGUUUUCUCCUGCUCCCCCUCCCUGUUUCUGUCACAAGUUUCUGAAGCUUUGGAGCAAGAAAACCACUAACACUUCCUGUUAGUUGCUCCAGGACAGGGGAGGCUGCUCUUGAUUUUUUGUUUAUUACACUCAAACCGUCCAUAGUUUAAUUAUUCCCACCUCAAAAUAAAAAAAAUAAAAAUA